UGUAGGUCUCGUUCUUUACUCACAGACAUCACCGGGCAGUGCUUCAUAAAGGGGAUCUCGGAAUAGUAUAGAAAGAAUAAGGGAACAACGGUCGCACUCGGUUUGGGAAAGUUGCAAAAAAUUAGAAGGCAGAACCAGUACUCAGGGAGGUAACGCAUUUCUAGACACUGGAAUCAUGAAAGGUGUGUUGAGCAAAUGUGAACUUGGUCAGAUAACCGAGUUGAUAUUUUUUGUCUUUUGGAUUAGUUCUCUGCAAUACGUUCAUGGACAGAGUCAACUGUACGGAGGACCAUUGGGAGUAAAUGGAAUCCCGGUUUUUUUCCCUGGAGCUCCAUACACGCCAGGCUGUAACAACAAUGGCUAUCUGAUGCAGCCAAACACUAGGAGAGAUGGAGGGGUGGAGAUAGGGAAGCUGGCAUUCUACACGUGUAAAUCUAUAUGCAUGGGUGACCCACAGUGUAUAUCAGUGGACUGGAACCAGGUUAACAGAGCAUGCGUCGUGUACACAAACCUUGGAACAACAAGAGCGUCUGUAGGUUAUAUCCAUUGUGUUAAGACAUGUCUGGACAGCUAUGUGAUAUCCCCCGGGGCACCAAGAGCCGGGGGGCCGUUGGAACCACCCGUCUAUCCUGGUUUCCCGAGUCAAUUCCCUCAAUCAGUAUACCCUGGUCAGGUAAAUAUACCUGGAAGGGGGCUAGUGGGCGGUUACAGACCAGACGAAUUUGGAACCACACCUCCAAACUUCGUAUCAGGCCAGUUGUUAAAAGCAAGAACAACUACGCCACCUUUAGCUGUUCCCCAUAUACAGGGACAUAAGGUGUUGGGUCCCAGACCUAUACCUGGCGACCUUCUUUCACCCCUCAUCAAGAUCCAAGACGAUGGAAUAUGCCCGGGAGCAAAGUUCCAGAGAUACGAAUAUUCAAAUCUUGAUGGUGCAUUUGCUUUGGUUGAAAACGUAGGAGAAGAGGAAUGUAAGAAAGUGUGUUUGGAUGACUCGAAAUGUCUGGCUGCAGACUUUAAUGUCAUUUAUAGAGAAUGUUUCAUCCACAAUGGUACCGCUGUACUGGAUCUAACCACUUUCUCACCAGGAAGUGCAGGCGACUGCUGUGUGCACUUCAGAAAAUUAGAAUGUGAUAGAUUCCAAUGUUAUGAGCACCCACCAGCAGAUAUUACAGACGCAGACUGCGUGCGCAUUAGUGGUAACACAACCAUACCUGGCCUCAAGGCAGUAGACUGUGGCACGUCAUGCUUCGUUACAGUUGUGAUCAAUAACACGUCUCCUGGUCAAAGUCCGAUGAUAGCGCGUGGCUGUGAACAGUCGGAGAAGGUGUCAUACAAGAUGUGCCAGAGAUUUACAGGACCUCCUGGUUCUGGUUCCAACAUCACUGGUGCAUAUUGUAGGUGUAAGACAGAUAGAUGCAAUGCCCUCAGCCAGACCAUGAUCAUAAACUGUUUGGCACAUUUUCCAUUGGACUCUGAUGGUCUCGACUCUUUCAAGAUACGAAGCGGGAAGACUGUAAAUAUAAAAUAUGACUGUACCGACAAAGCUAAGAAUUGUUCGGCCAAGUUCGGUGGUAAAUCGUACAUUGAGGUCAGAAGUUUCACUGGUUUAAGAUUUGGUCCUCUAAAUGCUGCUAGUGCCCUACCUGACGCGUUACCAAGAAUGACAAUAGUAAUGUGGUUCAAGAGAAUAACCCCAGUUGGUGAGAUGGCACUCAUUAACAAUGGUCCAACCGACCAGGCGACGUUCCUUCUAACAAAUAUGAAUGAGGGACGGGAAAUCCGAGCGUCUGUGAAACUGAAUGGAACGCUCUAUACGGUAUCGACGCCGGUGACGGAGUACUUUGAUUGGAAUUUUCUAGCGUUUAUUGUCGACGCUGAUAUGAAUCAAACAGCCACUCUCUACCUAAACGACCAGAUCGACCCAUCAUCAGGGAACAUGCCAAUAUCAGUAGCACUUCCGAAUGCAACACUACCUGUGGGUGUUCAUCCCCUUAUGAUAGGUGCUCAAUAUUUAGACCCAUACGGCUACUACAAAGGGCGUUUCUUUAGAGGAAAUUUAGAUGAGGUGAUGCUCUUCAAUGCUGCUCUCAGUGAGAAAGAACUACAGGCCAUUUUUGACUUAACCAAAAAAGCUCCAUAAUUAAUUUGUUUACACAUUUCAUUUGAUACGUGAUUACAUUGAUGUCCAACUAUAGCAUAGUUUGUAUUCGGAGAAAUAAAUGUAGAUAUACUGUAGGUAAUAACGUUUUGAAUAAAUUGUAUUCGAUGUACAAAGAUUACAUGUGGAUGUGGC